AUGGCGGCGCCCAUAUGGGGCGUGAUGGACGUCUGGGUCCGGGUGGCUGGGAAGCGUUGGGAGAGUCUCGGCGCUCUCGCUGCCAAGUCGUUCUGUUCCGCCGCUGCUGCUUCUACUCUUCUCAGUGCCCAGAAAUUGGCAGAGAGACUUCGAAGCCAGAAACAGGAGCAGAAGGCCAAAGAGUCGGUGCCGGCAAAUCCCGUUACACGGAGAGUGAAAGAACUAGUGCGAUUCACUCAGCAGCUGCAGCGUGUCCACCCCAAUGUUCUCGCGAAGGCCCUGAGUCGAGGGAUUAUCCACCAGGACAAGAACCUUGUGGUCAUCAAUAAGCCCUAUGGCGUUCCCGUGCACGGUGGCCCUGGAGUCCAAAUCUGCAUCUCUGAUGUGCUGCCUGUUCUGGCAAAGAUACUUCGUGGCCACAAGGCAGAACCUCUACAUUUGUGCCAUCGACUGGACAAAGAAACCACUGGUGUGAUGGUGUUGGCCUGGGAAAAAGAAAUGGCGCAUGAAGUCCAAGAGCUGUUUAGAACACGGCAGGUAGAGAAGAAGUACUGGGCCAUCACUGUGCACACCCCAGUACCCCCUGCAGGCGUCGUGGACAUCCCCAUCAUUGAGAAGGAAGUGCACGGCCAGCAGCAGCACCAUAAGAUGAUGCUAUCCCCCAGCUUCCGUAUGGACGGCGACAGGUUGGUGCGACAGCGGAGCAGCCGGGGAGCUCACCCAGCCGUCACACAGUAUCAGGUGCUGAGCAGUAGCAUCUCCUCUGCCCUCUUAGAGCUGCAACCUGUCACUGGAAUCAAACACCAGCUUCGUGUCCACCUGGCCUUCGGGCUGGAUUGCCCCAUCCUUGGCGAUCACAAGUACUCACAUUGGAAUCGCCUAGCGCCCCAGAAGCUACCAGCCGGCACCUUGAAGAAGCUGGGCCUGUCACAGUCCAAGGCUCGCCACCUGCCCCUGCACCUGCAUGCCCGCCAGCUCCUCCUGCCCGGCCUGGGUGCUCAGGGCCGCGAACUCAGCCUGUUGUGCCAGCCCCCACGCUUCUUCACCCGAUCCCUGCACCGCCUGGGCUUGGAGCAACCACAGCAGGAGCAGGUGGGGGACGGUGUUUAGGGGGCACCUAGUGAGGAUGCCAGUUUGAGAGGGAUUCCUUGGAGCUUCAGCUGGGCUGGGAAGAGCCGCC